AUGAAUUCAGCGAGACGGAUAACGGACGAACUGGAAAAGCCCGAUCUUGACGACAGGUCAUACCGAGUCAUCGAGCUGCCGAACAAGCUUGAGGCACUGCUCGUUCAUGAUGCCCAGACAGACAAAGCCAGUGCAAGUCUCAAUGUCAAUGUGGGGAAUUUCUCAGACGAAGAGGAUAUGCCUGGCAUGGCUCACGCCGUCGAGCAUCUCCUCUUCAUGGGCACAGAGAAGUAUCCGGUAGAAAACGAGUACAGCUCGUACCUUUCCUCAAACGCUGGUCACUCCAAUGCCUACACGGCUGCUACUCAGACGAACUACUUCUUCGAAUGUGCCGCCCAGCACGAAUCAAAUGAGAAGCUUACGAACGGGAACACUGAGAGCGGGGUGAAUGGCACAUCGGCAGGGCCUCUGUAUGGGGCACUUGACCGGUUUGCGCAGUUCUUCGUCAAGCCCCUUUUCCUUGAGAAUACUCUCGACAGAGAGCUAAGAGCAGUGGACUCGGAGAACAAGAAAAACCUACAGAGUGAUGGAUGGAGACUGUCCCAGUUGGCCAAGUCGCUGUCAAACCCUCGGCACCCGUACCACCACUUCUCCACCGGGAAUCUACAAACGCUGAGAGACGAGCCUGAGAAACGAGGUGUUAAGAUUCGAGAUGAGUUCAUCCGGUUUUAUGAGCGACACUACUCUGCGAACAGAAUGAAACUUGUGGUGAUGGGCCGCGAGUCUCUAGAUGAACUUGAGAGCUGGGUGGUAGAACUCUUCUCUGAGGUCAAGAACCAAGACCUAUGUCAGAAUCGAUGGGAUGGCGUCGAGAUGUUGACCAAAGACCAGCUUUCAACCGAAAUCUAUGCAAAACCCGUCAUGGAGUCCCGUUCUUUGGAGAUCAGCUUCCCCUGGCAAGAUGAGGAGGACAUGUUCGAGACCCAGCCGGCGAGAUACAUCAGUCACUUGAUCGGCCAUGAGGGUCCUGGUAGUAUUCUAGCAUACCUCAAGGAGAGGGGUCUAGCUCAGACUCUGUCAGCUGGUUACCAUCCUGUCUGUCCAGGAUCGGCUUUCUUCGAGAUUGAGGUUGGUCUGACACCUGAUGGGCUCAAAAACUACCAUGAGAUCGUCAAGAUCGUCUUCAAGUACAUCGGAAUGAUGAAAGCAAAUCCUCCAGUUGAAUGGAUGCACCAGGAGAUGAAGAACAUGGCCGAGGUCGACUUCAAAUUCCGCCAGAAAUCGCCCGCCAGCAGGUUCACAAGUGCCACAAGCAGUGUCAUGCAGAAGAAUGGGCUACCGCGCAGCUGGCUUCUGAGCAGCACCAGCAAGUUUAGGAAAUUCGACGCCAAAGCCAUCAUAGAAGCCAUGCAAUAUCUUCGGGAGGACAACUUCAGGCUCAUGAUCGUUGCACAGGAGUAUCCAGGCGACUGGGACCAGAAGGAGAAAUGGUACGGCACGGAGUACAAAGUUGAGAAGGUGCCAACCGAUGUCUUGUCCGAUGUACGAAAAGCGUUGUCCAACCAGGAGUCGGACAGAAUACCUGAUCUGCAUCUUCCGCACAAGAAUGAGUUUAUCCCUACAAACCUGGACGUGGAGAAGACCGAAGUCAAGGAGCCUGCAAAAGCACCUAAGUUGCUUCGAAACGACGACAAGCUCCGGCUGUGGUGGAAGAAGGAUGACACUUUCUGGGUGCCGAAGGCGAAUCUCAACAUCAAAGUCCGCAACGCCGUCACAUAUGCGAAUCCUGCCAAUUAUGUCAAGACGAACCUGUUCAUCAGUCUGGUUAAAGAUGCUCUUUCAAGCUACUCGUAUGACGCUGAAAUAUCAGGACUGGCUUACGGGAUUGGGGCAAACAUGCUCGGCUUCGACAUAAGUGUGCACGGAUACAACGACAAAAUGGCGGUUUUACUCGAAAAGAUCUUGACCACGAUAAGAUCUCUUGAGAUCAGAUCUGACCGUUUUGACAUCAUCAAGGAGAGGACGGCCAGGAAGUACAAGAACUGGGCAUACCAGCAACCAUACUACCAAAUCGGAGAUUACACCAGAUGGCUAUUGAAUGAAAGGUCAUGGAUGAACGAUACCUACGCUAAGGAACUUCCACACAUCACCGUUGAAGAUCUUCGAGUGUUUGUGUCAGAUUUGCUGCAACAGGCACAUAUCGAGGUUCUGGCACACGGCAACCUAUACAAGGAGGAAGUAAAGAAGAUUGGUAACCUGAUCGAGUCGUCACUCAAACCCCGAGCUUUGCCUCCGUCCGAGUGGCUAUUACGGAGAAACGUCAUUGUGCCAGAAGGAAGCAAUUUCAUCUACAAGCACAAAUUGGGCGACCCUGCAAAUGUCAACCACGCAAUUGAGUAUUACUUGGACGUUGGGCACGUCAUGGACCUCGAUCUCCGGGCGAAGCUGCAACUCUUUGGCCAAAUGACCGACGAACCCGCUUUCGACCAGCUCCGAACCAAGGAGCAGCUUGGUUAUGUCGUGUGGAGCGGGGUGCGACCCGCGGCCGUUACCAUGGGCUAUCGAGUUCUCAUACAGAGCGAGCGAGACCCCGACUACCUGGAAUCACGCAUCAAUGCCUUUUUGCUCAAGUUCCGAUCGGAUCUUGAGACGAUGUCAGACGAAGAAUUCGAGGGCCAUAAGCGCAGUCUCGUCAACAAGAGAAUGGAAAAGCUCAAGAAUCUUGACUUUGAGACCAACCGUCUGUGGGCCUACAUCAGUGGCGAGUACCUCAAUUUUACCCAAGUCGAUCGGGAUGUUGGCGUCAUCCGCCAGCUCACGAAAGACGACAUCAAACAGUUCUACAAACAAUACAUUGACCCAGAGUCUCCUAAGCGAAGAAAGGUGUCGAUUCAUCUUGAGGCUCAAGCUUCGAGCGAGGUGCCUGAAGUCUCACCGGCAGAACAGAAGGAACAGUUCAGGGGCCUCUUCGGACAAGUUCUUGGUUCUUUAGGCGUCGAUGUGGAUGAAGCACGGCUGACACAUGAGUUGGAAAACGUCGAACUAACCAACCAGCCACAGCUCUUGGAAGCGACCAAGCAGUACAUCGGUACAUCUAUUCCAGCCUCAAAGACGGAAGAGGUUCUGGGUCAGCUAAAGGAAGCGGUCCCUCAGAUACAAAUGGCUCUGAAGAUUAAGACCGCCGAGUCGCCCAAGGAUCCCAACGAGGUGGCGGCCAAGUUGCCGCCUCCCGUGAUCAUAAAGGACGCCGCGAAAUGGCGAGCUGGCUUGGAGGUAACAAGGGGGCCUGUCCCCGUAGAAGAUGUGCAGGGCUUUGAAGAUGUCGAGUCCAAGCUUUGA